AUGUCAAAGACCUUCACCACGGCCGAAGUGGCCAAACACACCGCCAACUCCAAUGAGGGCAUGUACAUCAUCAUCGACAACGGCGUGUACGACGUGACCAACUUUGUCGACGAGCACCCUGGCGGCGCGAAGAUUUUGAAGCGAGUCGCUGGAAAGGACGCCAGCAAGCAGUUCUGGAAGUAUCAUAACGACUCGGUUUUGAAAAAGUACUCUCCGAAACUGAAGAUUGGCGAGGUCGCUGAGAAGGCGAAAUUGUAG